CUCGAUCCGAUCUUCAGGAUCAAAGGGAAGUAUCAUAUGAGAUGGGCUAUGAAUUUGCUAGAAGUUUAAAUCUCGAGUUUUUUGAAUGCAGUGCCAAAACUGGUGAAAAUGUAAAACAAAUUUUUGAACACAUGGCUUUCAGAAUCCUACAAAAGGAAGGAUUGAUACCACCUGAUGAAAGGAAUAUCUCUCGGUUUGAAAUAGAAGGAAAAUUUCUCGAAUCGAAAGGAACCAAUGAGAGUCUCCCUACUUCCGUUACAGAAGAAGAAAGACUUAAUGGAUCUGUUACUGUAACAGAAAUCAUUAAUCAUAAGCAAAGAGAUGCAAGUUUUCCAGAAGAUGGAAACUCACAGAUUGGGAGUGAAGGAAUGACAAAGGAAAAAGAUUGCACUCUGUCUUCUAAAUCAGGCAACAAAAUAAAGCCGUCGGUCAUAAAUGAAAAUUGUGAAUCUUCAGAUGAUAAAAAUGACGCAGUACUAGAAAAAGUAGAGAAAUCAAUCCUUUCUGAAGAGAUGCUAUUUGAAGGAAAGUGUCCAGCGUGGUUAGCUUGAACAAAAGCUCAUAAAUUUAUUCAUUUUUUUAAUCUCAAGAUAUUUUAUAUCAAUCUGUUCUGUUCUUCAUCACCCAACUAUAGCCAAGCACCUAGCCCAAUUUUUAAGGCUAUAUUUUUUAUCUCCCAUGGUACAGGAAUGUCACUUUGAUCCUGGUCAGACGAUAUGGAUAGCACACCCCACGCAACAAAAGGUCUUGUAGUCACGACAGAUUUACAAAUCAAUCGUGUUAGUUUCGAAAAAUGUCAAUUAUUCAUCUUCUGAAGCAUUUAUUAGAGCUAACCAAACGGUAUGAUCCCUCAGAGGAUAAGAAUGAAGUUAUAUUACAAAAAAGUAAAGUAACCAAUACUUUCAUAAGAGCUACCAGAGGUGCUCCUGGAAGAAAAGCAUCCAGCUUGAAUAAAAAUUGUUAAACAUGCCAAUUUGCUUUUCAACACAUUUCUGUUGUUCUGUCUUAGGAUAUUUUUUUUUACCAUUAUGUUCAUAUUAGAUGUACCAUGCACAGAAAAAGUAAACACCGUAAAUAACUUUUGAUCUGAUAAUAAAAUUUUUCCGCACUAGAACUUAAUCUUAAUGAUCCGAAGGUCUAAGCUUAAACAUGCUAUUAAAUUACUGAGGACGAUACUUUAACUUACGAAAUCAGACACCAAGAUGUAUUUCCUCUGAAUAAAUAUCCAUUUUUUGAUGGAUUCCCCAAAAUAUGUGAGGAUAGUCACAAUCUGGAAAAUGUGAUCCCAAUAGUAAGCCAGGAGAGUGAUUAGUAUUUUCUCCCCUUUAAGUUAAUUUUUCUUUAUGCGUAUUUUGUUUAAUUUGAACAUUUCUUAAGCGAACUGAAGGAUUUCUGCAUACAAUUAUGAAAUUCUCUUU